CAAAGUAGCGCUGGAUAUUUUAAAAUUCUUUAUUGGUGAUUAAGUACUUUCGUGUCUCUCAUGGACAGGAUAGAACUGCAUGUCUGUUUCUUUUUUUUCCAUCCCUGCUGCUUGUAUUGAGGUCCUGGAUAUGGGAUGGAUGUUUUCCUGCAUUUCCAGUUCAGCUUUACCAGGCUUGGUUGCUAAUUCUUUACACAGGCUUGGCUUUGCGAGAGAACAUUUUGAGAGUGAAUGGAAGUGAUAUUCGUCCAUGGUGGAUAUACCAUCACUAUUUUGCUAUGGGUAUGGCACUCAUCAGUCUCACUUGGGAGAUCGAAAGGGAGCCUGGUUGUGCCCAGAAGCAGAGAGGGGUACAACUGUUCCUGCAAUGGGCGAUCAUGCAAGGAGUUGCAAUGCUUCUGCAAAAUAGAUAUCAACGGCAGAGGCUCUAUACACGUAUUGCAUUGGGAAAGGCUAGGAGAAUGGAUGUCGUAUGGGGAGAAACUGCUGGAGUAAAAGGCCAACUAUGGUUGUUGUGCCCCAUAUUGUUCAUCUUACAGGGUUUCGAAGCAUAUGUUGGAAUAUUGUUGCUUAAAACUGCAUUGGCUGGUGUUGCUUCGGCGUGGCAGGUAGUUACCUGUGGAAUCCUGCUGAUAAUUAUGGCAGUUGGGAACUUUAUAAACACAGUGCAGACGCUCGUGACAAAGUCUCAGGUCAAAGCAAAAAUGAAGAAAAGUAAAAGCAAACAAGAGCUACAUCAAGGACCCGUUAAAAAGAGUUUGUGAUUUUAAGACCAUGGCAAUGGUUGAAACAGGGGUUUGGGUAUCGGAUGAGGACUUGAUCUCACCUAUUUCUCAACCCAGUCUUGCUAGCAACGCUCUUUCUCCUCUAUAUGAGUAGUAGCCUUUCGAUGCCCUUUUUGUAAGUUACCCAGGGUUGCACAUCGGAGCUGUAUCAGUUUGGUUACACUUGUGCCAACAAUGAGAGAAUUAGACAUCUGGUUCUGAGUGCCACCUGAUUUUUGUUUCAUUUUAAUACUAUUUUUGUUUCUAAAAUGUGCAACACUCUUCUAAUUUACAGAAAUUCACUCAAAUUACACCUGAA